GCCGCCGCCGCCGCACUGCAGCGCCCUCCUCCUCCGCCUCCGCCGCCCCUCCGGCCGCCGCUCGCCCGCCUGCUGGGCGCUAUGAGGAGAAGCAGCGCCAGGCCCGGCCUGUGUCCGCGCUGAGGAGAAAGGGAGCCAGGAGGAGCCCCUCACACGCCGCCGCCGCCGCCUCGCCUCUCCUCUUCGGGGCGCGGGCUCCGCAUCUCCUCCUCCCGCCGCCUCUCGUAUUCCUCCGCCCGGCGGAGGGGCGAGGAAGAAGAGUCCGCCCUUUUCCCCGCGUCUCCCGGCGCCCCCACCGCGGGGGGGGGGGAGAAGAAAAGGGGGCGCCCCUUUUCCCCCUCAGCCGCCGCCUCGUGUGACUGACUCUCCGCCGAGCAAGGCCGGCUCCUCUUCUCGCCCUCGGGGGGCGGCGACUGGGUCGGGCAGGGUUGGGCCGCCGCCGAGGCAGAGGAUGGCGGCCCCCUCGCCAUAAGGGGGGGAGAGACGGUCUUUUUGAGGGGGAGCCCCCCCACAGCCGUCUUUUUGGGCGGGGGAGCCUGGAUCUUGCUCCUUCCCUUUCGGCACCGGAGGAGGAGGAGGAGGAAGAAGGGGAGUUGAUCGGGCCAGCGCGGGGGGUGGCGGCGGCGGCGGCGGCGAGGCACCAUGUCCGGGCGGCCGAGAACCACCUCCUUUGCGGAAAGCUGCAAGCCGGUGCAGCAGCCCUCGGCCUUUGGCAGCAUGAAAGUUAGCCGAGACAAAGAUGGCAGCAAAGUGACCACAGUGGUAGCAACUCCUGGACAGGGUCCAGACAGGCCUCAAGAAGUUAGUUACACAGACACCAAAGUGAUUGGAAAUGGAUCUUUUGGUGUUGUAUAUCAAGCCAAACUCUGUGAUUCAGGAGAACUGGUUGCCAUUAAGAAAGUUCUGCAAGACAAGAGGUUUAAGAAUCGAGAGCUUCAAAUCAUGAGAAAGCUCGAUCAUUGUAACAUUGUCAGAUUGCGCUAUUUCUUUUACUCCAGUGGAGAGAAGAAAGAUGAGGUAUACCUUAAUUUGGUUCUGGACUAUGUUCCUGAAACAGUAUACAGAGUUGCCAGGCAUUAUAGUCGGGCCAAGCAGACACUCCCGAUGAUAUUUGUGAAGUUAUACAUGUAUCAACUAUUCCGAAGUUUAGCCUAUAUCCAUUCCUUUGGAAUAUGCCAUCGGGAUAUAAAACCACAAAAUCUUUUGCUGGACCCCGACACAGCUGUCCUAAAACUUUGUGAUUUUGGAAGUGCAAAACAGCUAGUUCGUGGAGAGCCUAAUGUCUCUUAUAUCUGCUCUCGGUACUAUAGGGCACCAGAGUUGAUCUUUGGAGCUACAGAUUAUACCUCCAGUAUAGAUGUUUGGUCUGCAGGCUGUGUAUUGGCAGAGCUGUUGCUAGGACAACCAAUUUUUCCAGGCGACAGUGGUGUAGAUCAGUUGGUGGAAAUAAUCAAGGUCCUUGGAACGCCUACAAGAGAACAGAUUAGAGAAAUGAAUCCAAACUACACUGAAUUUAAAUUUCCCCAGAUUAAGGCGCAUCCAUGGACUAAGGACUCGUCAGGAACAGGACAUUUCACCUCAGGAGUACGGGUCUUCCGGCCCCGCACUCCACCAGAAGCAAUAGCGCUAUGUAGCCGUCUGCUGGAAUAUACCCCCACGGCACGCCUGACUCCGCUGGAAGCGUGCGCACACUCUUUCUUUGAUGAAUUACGGGACCCAAACAUCAAAUUACCGAGUGGGCGAGAGAAACCUGCACUCUUUAACUUCACCACUCAAGAACUGUCAAGUAAUCCGUCUCUGGCUUCGACCCUCAUACCUGCUCAUGCUCGGAGUCAAGCAGCUGCUUCAACCCCGACAAAUGUUCCAGCAGCCUCAGAUGCCAAUGCAGGAGAUCGAGUUCAGACCAAUAAUGUAGCUUCAGCAUCAGCCUCCAACUCCACCUGAACUGGUCACAAGCAGCAACCUGUACAGGAACAACGGCCAGUAAUUUUGAGUCUUGCUCAGCAACGCUGGUCACAUUUGGAAAGAAAAUUUAAAAAGAGGGGGGAAACCCUGUUCAUUAUAGUGUUCGAUUUUUUUUUAUUAUUGUUGUUCUUAUUUAACCUUGUAAAAUAGAAAUUCAAACCAGUUUCAUUGUGUGCUCACUCUGCUGCGGGCCCUUUGGGGCAGGGGAAGAGGUGGGGUGGGAAGAGGGGAAGUGGAGCAAUAGAACACACCAGUGUCUCUUCCCACGACAAUCUUCUAAUUUCAAACUAUUGCUGUUGUGUCCUUUAGAAUCAGGAAUCUUAUCUCAUGCCCUCCCACAACAGAAAGGAGAACCCUCAUUCUGCUGAAGCUCCUUUUUUUAAGCCUUGUAUUUUUAAGUGAAGUUUCAACUUUUGGUGUAGUGCACAACUUGAAUUUGGUUGGGAGCUUAGCAGGAGUUGCUCACCGCGAAUAACAUACACAGGAGACCUUCACUAUCUUUGAGUUGGGAUGAGGAGGAAGGAAAAUGUGAGGUCUAAAAUACACUGAAUUGCCAAAGCCGGGGGAGGGGGAGGGGAGGGGGGGCAAUUGCUGUAUGAAUAAAGCUUAAGGGCAAAUCUUGAUCUUAAAUUCCGUUCUAGCAUUGGAGAAUUCUGCAGAUAUGUAUGUUACAUAUACACACACAGACUAUCGGCUUGAAUGAAAAAUGCUCAUUCACCUACCUUAAAGAUCCCUGAACAUUAAAGGUUCUGUCAAGCACAAAAGAGCCCAUAGUCAGCCACUUGCAUUCUUCAACAGGUGGGAGCAAGUGGACCCUCCCUCCAGGUGCAGAAAACAGACAGGAAGCCAGUGGAGAGGUACUUCUGCACCUCGCCCCCCCUUCUUUUUUAAACUCUAAACUGGCUUCUUUCUCAAAGAAGCAAACAGGGAAACAAUGCCAGGGUUUAUAACGUGAAUGGACAUAAACUUCCAUUGCAAUUAGAGCUUUCAAAUCGACACAUUGUUUUUAGGUGAUUCUAAAAUCCAAAUCUAGAAUUUGUAUUUAAUUUCACCUUUUUU